AACCGUCUGCUAGUGAGCGAUGAACUGCCAGAGUAUCUCAAGGUUAUGUUAUUUUUCUCAAGCAACAUGCAAACAUCAUUUACCAUUAGUUUUACAAUGUUCUUCCAAUAUUCAAGUAAAAUGUUCCCGAAAAAUCCACAUGGAAGCCCCAAAAGGUGACCCUAUUGACGCGUAUUUAAAAACGAAACAAAAGUAUGAAUCCAAGAAAUUGCCACCAAAUGUGAAUCCAAGGGGAGUGUUUGCCUGCAAUGAGUUGGACCUCGAAGAAGUUAAUGUUUAUGGUUUUGAUUAUGACUACACUCUUGCUGUGUACAAGCCAUCAAUGGACUUCCUGCUGUACAAUUUGGCUCGAGAAACUCUCAUAUCCAAGUACAAGUAUCCAAGAGGCAUCAUGGAGUUGGAAUACAAGCCGGGAUUUGCUAUCCGAGGUCUCCACUACGACAUAGAGAAAGGAUUGCUGAUGAAGAUUGACUCGUUUCUGCAGAUACAGCUGGGCACAGUGUACCGUGGACUGAGUCCCGUCACUGAUGAUGAGGUGUUACGGCUGUACAAGAACAGGAUCAUACCUCUAGCCUAUGUCGAGACUCAUGGCAAAAACGCUCAGGUUGACUCAAGUAAUACGUUUCACGAAUUACCCCACCAUCCCCGUUUUCCCCGUUCUUACGUAACCUCCAAGAUGGUACAGUUGGCAGACAUGUUCAGUGUGCCAGAGAUGUGUCUUCUGUGCAACAUCACUGAGUACUUCAUCCAGAACGGCAUCGACUUUCAUCCGGAGAUUCUGUUCCGUGAUGUCAAGAACUCUGUAGGAUCAUCUCACCCAGUCAUGCACAAACUUUUACAAGAAGAUGUUUCUCAAUACAUAGAGAAAAACCCAGGAAUCACCUACUUCUUCCAGAGGCUAGCGGAUGCUGGUAAAAAGCUAUUUCUUGUCACCAACAGCCCUUACAAAUUUGUGAACAAGGGCAUGUCUUGGAUGGUAGGAGACAACUGGGAAGACUUCUUCGAUGUUAUCAUCGUCCAGGCUCGUAAACCGUUGUUCUUCACUGAUGAGUCAAGACCUCUUCGCAUCUACGACAAAGAGAACGACUCUUAUCUUUGGGACAAGGUUACUGAACUAAAGAAGGGAGUCAUAUACUUUGAGGGCACCAUCAACCAGUUGAAGGAUAUGACAGGUUGGUAUGGCAGUGAAGUGUUGUACUUUGGAGAUCAUCCAUACAGUGACUUGGCGGAUGUUACGCUGGAGCAUGGCUGGCGCACUGGGGCAAUCAUCAACGAACUUGUGCACGAGAUAGAAACCUUAAACGAUGAACACUUCAAGAGGACGUGCAACUGGCUGCAGAUGCUGACACAGCUGAUAGAAGACUGGCAGGACUCUGGGGACCCGAGGGCAGUGGAAGCGAAUCACCAGUGGGAAAUGGAGAGAGACCAACUCAGGCAGUCAAUGAAGUGUGUGUUUAACAAGCAGUUUGGCAGUGUGUUCCGCACCUACCACAACCCCACGUAUUUCUCGCGUCGGCUGUUCAGGUUCGCUGACAUCUACACCUCCCAUAUUACCAACCUACUGCAGUACUCGGUCAACCACACGUUCUACCCUCGCCGCGGCGUCAUGCCGCAUGAGUACAUCUCCUACUUCGUCUAGUGAUCUCACCGAAUGUGUUCUUGCUCAGUAUCUGUAAGGUAGCAUCAGCUCAAUUCUGAUAUUCUCGCUAUAAGGUUUGAGGGUUUUAUUUUAUUCUUCCUGUUGGGACCUUUGUUUAGCAAGAUGUAGUCAAGUUAAUACACCAAUGCUUGCAGUGUUGGAUCAAUUGCAGCAGUUUGCGUUACAUGUAUAUUGAAUAAUGUUAUUAUAAGCGGGAGUUUAUCAGUAUGAGCUCUCCAACGAUUGAUCAUAAGGUGACUUUGUUUUCGAUUAGUCCAGUGACUUUGUUAAGGACAACAACCAAUCAAAUCCAUGUUGUUGCAGCUAUUAUUGACUGUAGAUACACAAUAGAGGUGGGUGUUUUCAACGUAAUGGGAUAAAUAAUACUAUUACUGAAGUGUUUUUGGUUGUAGAUUAACGAGAAUACCCUAUUAUCUAUACUUAUGUAAUACGCAAGCAGGUUUUUUGUGUCAAUUACUCCUCCGAAACUCCUGAACCGAUUGACAUGUUUUUGGUGUCAUUGGAAAGAGUGUAACGUGCAGUUGUGCAGGAAACUUUAUUUUUAAGGAAAUAAUUACAGAGUGAGGCCCUGGGGCCCUUUAAAGUUUCAUAUUUAUUUAUUCAUAAGAUUAACAUGGGAAACAAAUAUUGUUAUUAAACUCCAGCUGUUGUCAGAAAUUAAAAGUGAGAAGAUGAUAAUGUUAAUUGUAAACAGUCAAUGUUUAAACUAUCUAGAAGAUAAACAUGGACAACCUAAUGCGGCUGUAAGUGGGAACAAUUUUUGGUAAACACUAAAAACAAGAUCAGCUUUUGAAAAAUGAUAAGAUAUUUUUACAAGAAAAAUGUUGAUUCCAUUAACCUGUUAGGAAUGUCGUGAGUAUUUCCAUUACUUAAAUAAUCAUUGAGUAAUUUGAGUUGACCCUUUUAAACUCAUCAGAAAUUAUGAUUGUCAUUUGUUUUCAAGCAACUCCUGUAAUACUUUACCUUUGCUAGAUUUCGAGCAACAUGUACACUAGUUUAUAUACAAACUCUGAACUGUUUCAAGGAGGAAAUGAAAUAACUAUCAGUGUAGUGUCUUCCUAGCUCACAAAAUAAUAUUGUUUUAGGAAUAUAUGACUGGGUAUAGCAUGUUAUUUUUGUAACGUCAUCUGAAUUGUUAGAACAAGUGUGUAAAAUGACGGUGAUCGUGUCUUCCUAUUAACAGCGAGCUUCACAAAAUAAGCGUGCUGCUAAAAGACAUAAAUUUAUUUAAUAUACAUACACAUGGUUUUAACUGUGCAAAACUAAAGUGACUAAUUAUACUUGAACCCUUAUUUAGUAAUCUAUGUGGUUUCAAUUUAAAAAAAUGAAUUUCAGUAUGCACUACCUUUAGACCUUACUCCAAACGAUUAUUUAUCAAUUGUCUUCGAUUAAAUUUACUUUUUCAUAUGGAUGUCCUAAGAGGCCAAAAACACUAUUUGUGUGAAUUGUUACAUAUGCAUAUAAAAAAAUAUAUCAGGUUUUUUUACUUGUGAUGAUAUGAGAAUUGAGUUUGAUGCAAGGUAGGCUAUAUCUUAUUUGCUUAUAAGAGUUUUAUUUUUGAGGCUUUUCCAAGAAUGAAGUUGUGAUUUGUUUAGUGAUUAAUACAAGAGGGCAAGUAUUCAAAAUAUUAGUUACAAUGAGAGAGUAUUAUCUGUACAUGUAAAUUUGGCAUGGUUAUUUUUUUUGUUUUAAAUUUAAUUUAGGUUUUAGCAUGUUUAUAUUUAGAAGACCAUAUUCACACUUAAAUAGAAUUUUGUUUUGCUAUGGUAAAAAAUAUUCUUUAACACCCAAAAGAAAAAUACUAGUGACAAUGGUUGUUUGAGUUCAACAAAUGUUGAUGAAACUAUAUUUUACUAACUACCAUACUUUACAUUUAAUGUGCUAUAUAAAGUUAUAUUUUUAUAGAUUUUAAUGCUGAAUUCCUCUAUUUUAGAAUGGUUGUUGUCAAUGGAUCUAUGCAUGUUUACCAUUUAAGGUUUUAAUUGUUUGUAUUGUAAUAUAUAUAUUUACGACUAUACAUCCGUUUUAGUACUGUUAUAUUGAACACUUGAGAGUUUAUAUCAAAGAAUUAUUUUUAAUCGCUAGAAUCAUAUGUAUCUUCCAUGUUUAUCUAGACAAAAUUAUUUAUCAGCUGUUUAUCAUAUGGUUUGGCUAUAUCAUUACUAUCAACAGUGUUCUAGUGUUAGUAUGUAGCAUAUUUUUGAAGAUUUUUGUGUGAUCGCUUUUUUAGAACUUGACAAUAACACUUAAUUAAUUAACUUCCAGCUUCUUUAUCCUUGAUUUAGAUUUAGAAUGCAUUUAGAGCUUAUUAGUAUUAAGUUAAUAUAUGACUGAAUUAUGGUUUCAUUUAAUUAACUUAAAAAUACUCUUUACUUUAUUAAAUAAAUAAUAGCUCCUUACACUCAGUACUAUUUACUACAUACAAUUAAAACAUAAUCAUUUACUGUAUUUUUAUUUUAUAAUAAUAGUAUUUAGAGAUAGUGGUACAGAGAAUAUCAAUUAAAUGUGACAAUUUUGAAUGGAUAUUGCUGAGAUAUGCUUAAAAUCUUACUUAUUUUAAGCUAAACUUAAGGCAAACCAAUCAGUUUUGUUUCUUAAGAUUGGAAACAGCUACUAUCCGAUCUGUAUGACAUUAUAUUUGACGGAAAGUAAAAAAAGAAACGUCUUAUAACACUUAAAACAUAUAUUUACGCUUAUACUGUUACUCACAAGACGGUAAAUAUACAAAACAGAUGGCAAGUGGUCGUUUUGUAUAUUUACCGUCUUGUGAGUAACAGUAUAAGCGUAAAUAUAUGUUUUCCUACAGUUACCUAACAAUCUACAUGUUCUCUCACUGAUUUGAGAAAGCAAAGUGGCUAAUUCGCUCAUCAGUGAGACAAUGUUAACAUUGUCUCACUCUAAUUACUUUGUCUCACUCCAGAUUUGCAACGUGAAGGCACGAAAUAGUGAGCGCGUAACAUGCAGACAAGGUCGUAUGAGCGCGAAAUACGUUGGCAGCACUGGCUUUAAAUCAGCUGGUCAGCUGUUGUACUGUUGUUGAUCGUGUUGAUCAUUGAAUGUCAUAUUUAAAGUUCACUUCUGUGUAAAAAUAUGUCACGUUUCUUUACUAAUUUAUUUGUUUUAUUGUAACUGUAGGAAAAAUAUAAUGUGCAACUCUAGUGCAAAGUGCAAUUGCCUCACUCGAGAAACCAUUCCUCACUCGCCUAUGGCUCGUGAGUAAGGAUUUAUCUCGAGUGAGUCAAUUGCUCACUUUGCUCACUAGUUGCACAAAAAACUAUUUAAGUGUUAUAAGACGUUUCUUUUUUUACUUUCCGUAAAUUUAAUAACACGUACAAUGCUGAUCAAGAAGUUAUUAUAUUUGAUUACCAUAUAAUUUGUCAUCCUUUUUUCCAAUUACAGUAAUUGUAUGUUAUAUUGAUUUUUUACAUAAUAACUUGGUUUCAAUUUACUACAGAUAGGCUCUGAUUUAUGUUUUAAUGUCCUUUAAUUAUUUUCGUCAUAAUCAUUGGACAGAUAAUAAUAUUGUAGUACAAACCUAACAACAGAUGGGUCUUUACCAUCAGGUCCAGUUUUAAUUACCAAUUCAAAUAUUUUUUGUUGGUAAUUUUGAUAGACUUUUAAAAAUGAUAGUGUGAAAAUCUAUAUAAAGGCCAAUUUAGUAUUUUAUGGAUAUUAGAAAAUGUAAUACAAUGGAUUCCCGAUAAACCAAACUCCUGUAGCCUAAUAUAAAAGGUCAAAAUCCAAAACUAAAAUCAGGAUGUUUUUUACAUAACAAGACCAAGACAUAACAGAGAAUAAGUUUAUUAUAAGAAAAAUAUGAUAAUUUUCAAUAAUAGACAACAGUUUAAUGAACAAAACAGAACAAUGUUACAGUUGUUGUGAAACUUAUAUUAGGUAAAAAUGUCUUCUUACAUUUUAACGAAUUGAAAGUUAUUUAUAUUCUAUUGAGCUUGUAAAAUUAUGAUAAUAUCGAGGGUUUUUAUAUUGUUACUUCAUAGGUCCAUUACCAAAAAAAAUAUUUUUGUGAAACCUCAAAAUUUCUUUCUGAUUUUUAAAUAUUUUUAACUAUUUUUAAUCAACAAAAACGUUCUUUAAACCUGUAAUCAGUAUGAUUGAAGAAGUCUAUUGUUAUGACCAAGAAUGGUCCUGUUUCUUUUAAAUUUCUAUCUGUAUCAUUUAUUUUAUAUUAUUAAUAAACCAAUUUUUCUCGCUUUUAUAAGAAAUCUAAAUAUUUUUCACUCUUGAGACUACAUGUCAUAUUUUAAUGGAAUAUCAAGGUUGUGGUAGUGAUAUUCAUCUUUGAAAGGUAAGACCAAGAAUAAAAUAGAAACUAGUCAGAAAUCCACCCUUAUUGUUAUUGUUUUGUUUGCUCAGAAAUAUUUUAUAACCAAUGUUUGUUAGUCGUGAAUAGCUUGUCUUAGAACCCUGUAGAGCUUAUUUGUUUUAUUGUAAUGUUCAAGUUUAGCUGAAGUAAUAUUGUGAUUAAAUAGCUGCCUAUGACUGGUAUAAACAUAAAGUUGUAUUUUACUGAAUAAAUGUUAUGUUACCAAAAGUC